AUGAACGGCAAUGUGGAGAGCUACCUCCACCGACUCGAGGCCUUCCGUAGGGCUGACUUCGAGCGCGAUGCCAUGCUUGCCGAGCUCGUUAAAAGUUACCACGACCUACAUGUUCAGUACCAGCAGAAAUGUAUUGAUUACGAAGAUGCUGUCGAGUCUCGCCGUUCCUGGCAGUCGAAGGCUACGCAGAGCUCUCGGGAUCUUGGCGAGAUUCAGCGAGCCAAUGAAUCUAACCAGUUCAUCUUCGCCAUCAUCGACGGCGACGGCGCCUACUUCCGCGACGACCUGAUUGCUAGGGGGGACGAGGGCGGCGAGGAAGCUGCCCAGAGGCUGCUUUCCGACAUUAAGAGGCACGUUAAAGACAUUUACCCCGGGUCUAAUGUCGAAGACUGGAGCGUUAUUGUCCAGGUCGUUCUCAACCAGACCGGCCUAUCCAAGACCCUCUUCGAGCGCGGUAUCGUUAAAAACCCUAAUGUUGAACUACCCGCUUUUGCUCGAGCCUUUGGCCGUACCCAGGCCCUUUUCUCUUUUGUCGACGUCGGCGCCGGCAAGGAGCGUGCCGACCACAAGAUCCGGGAGAUGAUGCGGGUCAUGGUCCGGGUCACACAAUGCAAGCAUAUCCUCUUUGGGCCGUGCCUUGACAACGGAUAUCUACCGUUCCUGGGCGAAUAUAAGGGUAACACUUCUGCUUCCCCGAGGAUCACCUUGCUUGAGACCUCGCCAGCUGGGCCUGGCUUCCAGAGCCUUGGCUUUAGGCACGUUAGUUUCCCGGACGUCUUCCGCUCCGCGCCGCUGCCAGAACGUCCCGUCAUGCAACCCCCCCCUCGUCCAAUAUCCACCUCGCCGGUCCCAGUGUCGGCUAUCGCCGCGACACCCGGGUCCAGUGUUACUUCAGCCAUAGAAAACGGCUCGUCGGCAGGCUGGGCCGCCCUGAGCAAAUCUGUGGCUGCUUCCAAGGCUAAGACUAUCAACAUCGCGCCUAAGAAACCGGCUCAGCUUAAGCACUACACGAUUAACAUCAACGGCGAGCGACUGGACGAAGAACUGUCACGCUGGGAUCCCAGUGCCGAGAAACGGUUUGCCAACAGAAUUAGGGAGCGCGGCAACUGCUGCAACUUCUACCAUCUCCGAGGCAAAUGCCCGGAAGAGGAGUUCUGCGGUUACUACCAUGGCGACCGGCUUGGCCCUGCCGAGCUGCUUGUGCUCAGACACAAGGCCCGAUCUCUCAAAUGUUCUAAUGGCACUUACUGCUCUGAUCCGGAAUGUUUCUAUGGGCAUCAUUGCCGGUUCGGCAAGAAUUGCAGUAACUCGUCUUGCAGGUUCGCCGAUACCCACCAUGUUGACCUGCAUCCUGCCACGAAGAUCUACGAAGAUGGCACAGAGAAGACUGUUCUCUAA